AUGUUUUGGCGCUUCGGCGGGUAUGCCCAGCUCUCGUCGCUGGACAGUAUUCUCGACAAGCCUGACGUCACCGUCGAGGAGCUGCUAGACGAGUCAGAUCUGAUCCAGGAGCUUAAGCAGCAGAACUCGAAGCUUAUAGAAUACCUUCGUGACGAGAAUGUCUUGGAGCGCCUCCUUCGUUAUGUCAUCGCCGCAAGACCUCACUCGCCGCCCGAUGAUGAGACGGGUACGUCGCCUGCUGCACAUGAACCGAGGAGUCCCAGCCGAGCUGGCUUCUUCGGCAAGGUCAGGGCUCGCUCAACGUCGACAGCCAAGUCGGACGCAGGCGACACCGAGGAGUCUAAAGAGGAACGUCAGCGCAUGAAGUACGCAUACGUCUCGUGCGAAAUCUUGUCCUCAGAAGUGUGGUCGAUAUCAGAGGCCGUCCUUGAGAACCAGGACACGCUGCGCCAGUUCUGGGCCUACAUCAAGCAGCCCGCGCCUCUCGACCCAGUACAGGCCGGCUACUUCACCAAGGUGAAUGAGUCACUGCUCGAUCGCAAGAUGGAGGAAAUGCUGGACUUCUUCAAAUCUCUCGACAAUGUCGUUACAGACAUGCUACAACACGUCGACUGUCCUGUCAUCAUGGACCUGCUAUUGAAGAUCAUCAGCCUUGAGAAGAGUGAGGGUGGACAAGGCAUUGUUGACUGGUUACAACAGCAGAACCUCGUUCCCCGCUUGAUCGGCUUCCUCGCUCCUGACCAGACCACCUCGACCCAAACCUCAGCUGGCGACUUCCUCAAGGCUAUCAUCACCAUAUCCGCAAACGCAACCACACAGGAUCAGUCUGUAAUAGGACCGAACGAGCUGACGCGCCAACUCGUCUCAGAAUCAUGUCUCAAGCAACUCAUAGAAUUCAUGCUACAAGGCGGCAACCCUCUGACGGUCGGCGUGGGCAUCAUCAUCGAAGUCAUCAGAAAAAACAAUUCCGACUACGACCUGGAGAACCAAAUUGGUCCGGUUCCCAAGAACUCAGAUCCCAUCUACCUAGGCACUCUGCUCCGCCAAUUCGCAAACCACAUUCCGCAGUUCAUGGAGCUCGUAAACAGUUCUAGUCAGAUUGUUACGCAAACAGAUGGCAGCACCACCAGGAAGAAGCGAGAGCUCAAAACGGCAUUUGGCGAGAAGAUAGAGCCACUUGGCUUUGACCGUUUCAAGACGUGUGAGCUGAUGGCCGAGCUCCUGCAUUGCAGCAACAUGGCUCUACUCAACGAACGAGGAAGCGAAGCUGAGGUCCGAAGACGAGAUGCCGAGCGGGAGCGUCUGAAAGCUGACGGAAAGCUAACUUCGGCCAACGCCGGUAAUCUUGGUGACUUCUCUACUAGUGUCGACAGCCAAGGCUUUCAUCAUGCUCGGGCCCCUAGCAUGGACUCCACUGCAGAGAUAAAGCCCCUACAUGUGCAGAACAGUUCUGAAGAUGACUUUGAAAAAGUCAUUGCACCCGAGGUUGCCUCAGAUACACCAAAGGAUACUUCAAGCGAAAAGGAACAAAUCGGUGAGCCAUUGGAGCCUUCACCGAAAGUUGCGCCAAGAGACGCACCAAGCGAGCCGUCUGCUGGUAAGCCCGUGGGUGACGACGGCGAAUUCGUUGACGAGCCCCUCACGCCACCCAAAGAUACGGCAGCAUCUGCUGAAGCGGCUACCUCUCCAGCUAAGCCUGCAGACGAUGCGGAGUCCCCUACAUCGGCAGGAUUGUCUGCCAAGGUCGAUGAUCUCGGCCUGGAUAACGACACCGUUAUGAAUGACCGCCAAGAAGCACCAGAGCCUCCAAAGACCGAGCAGCCCGAAGAGACCAAGCCCGUCCUACCAUCACUUUUAACACAGCAACUCAGCCAAAGCGCGGAACCCGUCACUCUCGAGCCAAUAGAGAAUCUAUCACCCCACCCAGACGACAAACCAGCGCCACUGUUCGCGGGUAAGAACCGUGACAGUAGCAAAUCUCCUGCCAAGAUCGAUACCUCGCGAUUCACUGCACCUGCACCACCCGAAUCAGAUCUUUCCGAAAUCACCCCCAUCGAUGAAUCCCAAAGUGUACGCUCUGUGGUGUUCGGUGGUGCAGAAGAGGCUGUAGGAUUCGAGAUUGACAUUGACGGAACACCUGUUGUGGGCGAUUUACUUAAAAUCACUUUCGUUGAGAACAAGGUUGUGCCCACUAUACUAGACUUCUUCUUCCGGUUUCCAUGGAACAACUUCUUACACAAUGUCGUAUACGAUGUAGUACAGCAGGUCUUCAACGGACAGAUGGACCGUGGAUACAACCGGCAAUUAGCGAUCGAUCUUUUCGACAGUGGAGGGAUUACUGAGCGAAUCAUCAAAGGCCAGCAGGAGAGCGACAGGUCUCACAAAGAGACGCACAUGCGACUAGGAUACAUGGGACAUCUCACCCUGAUCGCGGAAGAGGUGUUGAAAUUUACGGAGCGACAUACCGACGAGGUCCUUUCACAGAUGGUGUUAGACAAGGUCCACGCCGAAGACUGGGUACAUUAUGUCGAACACAUCUUGUCGGAAACACGAGAGCGCGACAACGCCAUUCUGGGAGGCGUACGACCCGACAUGAGUGUCGGCCCCAGACAGGCCGUGCUCAACGCCGUCAACGCGGCAAACAAUUUCGGAAACGACAGUGGCGGACUCUCCAACGCUAGCCUCGCCAACAACGGCAAUAUAGGCCUCGACAGCAUGGAGCUCACCAGUGCUGGUGACACUGGAGGUGGUGGGUACACCUUCAGCGGAGGCUCCUUGCUUAGUGGCUUUACUAACUCGAGUGACGAAGAAGACGAAGACAUGGACGAUGUCGACACCGAAAGAGAGCGAGAACAACGACAGGGACCUGUCGACGAUUCCGAACAAGUGGGUGAAAUCUCAUUUGACGAUGCUGAUAUGGACUAUCGAUAA